AGUUAGACAUCCUGUGAGGAAGCAGUCCAUGUAAACACCGCUCAUAUCUGAGCGAUAGAACCAGUUCACUACUUGCACAUUGAACACGCCAACAAAAACUAAUGUGAAUUAUUGUCUUCCUUCCGCUGUUGGAAUGGAGAGAAACAAGAAGACAAGUUCAGCCAUUGUUGAUCUUGGGUACCCUGUGGGCGGCUCCUGCCUCAUUCAGUGCAGGUGUGAUGAGCUCCCCUGUCCGCUGCUGAACUGGCUGUCCGCGGAGCUCGGGGCUCUGUGUCCUGAGCUGACAGACUUUAAGGGAGCAGGUGGUGUUUUGUUGGUGAAAGAGUUAAGAAUUCUGCUGUCAAACAUGUUUUCGCCCCUCGCUGAUAUGGAUGUGCUGGAACCGUCUACCCUGAACAAGAUCACUGACUUCCUUGUGUCAGAGUUGCUAGCGGCUCAUCUAAUCAAGCAGAAGGAGCUGCAUGCUGAAGAGAACUUGUCAGACGGAGAAUCGGUAAAAGAGCAGCGAGUUGAGCAUCACUGCUACGAUUUGGGUGAAGAAUACAGAGAGGAUGAUGCUGCAGAGAUGGACAAAAAGAAAGCGGAGAUGCAGGCAGAGUGGAUUUUACUGCUGCAUGCACUUGGUUUGGAUGCUUCUUCUCAAUUUGAAGAUGUGGAGAAUGAGGUGAAUUCAAGGUAUUCUCGUCUACCGGGUGGAGAGAUGACAAACCCCCUUCUGAGCACCAGCUUAAGCUCAGAGCAGUGGGCUGCACUUCUAAAGAUCAAUCAGACUCUGUCUGUGGAUUACCGUUGUCGGCAGCAGAUGAUGAUUAAACGAUUUCAGGUUACGCUCGAGUCCUUUGCGUGGGGUGAAAAAACAAAGGAACGCAGUGCUGCCCUAGCCUCAGUUCCGUCUAUUUUGUCCCUCACUGGGUCCUCCCAAGUGUCUCCAUCGCUCCUGCUAGCUGCCAGAGAAGAUCAGUCCUUCAUCAAACCAAUAAAAGCUGGGAAGAGCACCGCCGUCUACAAGAUGCUGAUGGGCAGCGUUCCAGACAGAGGAGGACGGCCCGGAGAGAUAGAGCCUCCUAUGCCAGUGUGGGAAGGACGAAGAGCACAGGGAAGCAGAGGAGGAAGAGGGGGAAACUAUCAACAUAAGCAUCGAAAGAAGAAAGGGAAAAAAGAGUAGCCUGUCUCUCUUUAGAGGCUCUACUUCUUUGUUUUUUCUUUUUAUUAAGAUUGUUAUUGCUUUUAAUAUAAUUUUUUGUUAUGGAUAUAAGCAUACUUAUAACCAUUAUGUACAUACUUCAGAGAACAUUUUGGAAGUACUCUAAAGCUUAUAAUUGGUAAGGUUCUGGUGUAUGAGCAGAUAUUUCUGUAAUUUUUUUUAAUUCUAUGGUAAGGCCUGGCAGAGAUAUUGAUUGUAUUGAAUUAUUAUUUUUUGGCUAGCCUUAAUUAAAGAUUAUUUUUGCCUCAAA